GGAAAGCAGCUGCACAGAAGUUUCAAGAGAGGAAAGUUGAGAAGCCGAAAGGAAGGAAGAAGCUCCGCUCGCUCGCUCCCUCCAAGUGACGUCACAGAGGGCCACUUCACCUCCACUCUGUUCUCAUCCUCCUCCUCCUCCUCAUCAGCAUCACCUCCUCCUGACGUGUCUCCCUUUCGCUGGGCUCCGCUGGGCAUGUGCCGCCAUGGCUGACAACUCUGACUCCCGGGAGUCCGACAACAACAGCAGCUGGGUGAUGGCCGGCUCGGAGGCCCUUCCCGUGGAAGAUCUUCGCUCCGAAGAAGCAGCAGAAGCCCAGCCGGAGGACCCUUCGCCCACGGAGAGGCAGACGGCCCCCAUUGAUGAAAAAGAGGUCCCUGAGGUCGCUUCCGAGGUGGAGGAGCCCAAACCCAAGCCCCCUGCAAGUGGCCCUGGGGUCUCUCUGGAUGUACCGUCGGAAGAGACCCCCGGAGCCUCGGAGCCAAGCCCGGCCCCGGCCCCCCCAAAGGCCACGGACUCCCCCUCCCAUCACGCUGAGGAGGGCUCCGCAGCCGCCCCGCCGGAGGCCCCCGCCUUCCGCAAAGCCGGUCCGGCAGAAGACGUGGAGGGUCUGCGGAGGCGGAAGGGCCGGGAGGCGCCCGAGGUGGCCGCUGCUGCUGCUGCUGCUGCAGGGGGGGCCCGGGUCCCCGGCGGUGCCCGGGAGGAAGGCGGCCAGGCCAUCUGGCUGUGCGGUUUCCUGGCCCUGCUGGCCUUGGGCCUCCUGGUGGCCCUGGGGGUCGUCCUGGACAACGGGGACGGCCCCGAGGAUAUCCUGACCACUCGGUCAAGCUCCGACCAAAACGACCUCGAGGCUGGCAGGGAGGGGAAGGCCUGGUCGGCCCCCGAGCCCCCCGCAGAGGCGGGACUUCCUGUGGCCAAGGAGGAGGGCCUCCCCCCGCAUUUGGGGGCGCCCAGGGACCCCCCCAGCCUGGAGGCCAUGGGGGCCUUGCUGGACAAGAUGGCCAAAGAGAACCAGGACAUCCGGCUGAUGCAGGCCGAGCUGCAGGCGCAGAAGGAAGAGCUGGAGUCCCUUUUGCGCAAGACGGCGGGGGAGGCGCAGGCGUCGGCCGGGCAGCAGCAGAGCCUGGAGGCCGAGAACGCCCGGCUGAAGGAAGCCCUGAGGCGGGAGGCCUCCUCGCUCCAGGCCGCCCGGGACGAGGUCCGGCUCCUGCGAGAGGCCAAGGGGGCCCAAGCCGAGCCCGUGCCGGGCCCCCAACCGAGGCCGGAGCCCCCCGAAGCGGAAGCGCGGCGCCUGCGGUCCGUGCUGGUGUCUCUGGGGCACGACUUGGCCAAAGCCACAGCCCGGGGCGGCCCGGGGAGGUCCGAGCUGAGCGCCCUGCGGCAGAAGGUGGCCCAGGCCGUGGGGAGGGGCCCCGCGUGGCAGGAGGGUCCGAAGGGCAAGCGGGGCAAGGAGAAGCCCCGGAAGGAGGCCCGGAAGCCCCCCGGCAGGAAGGCCAAGAAGCCCCCGCCGCCGCCCCGGGAGCCCCCCGCCCUGUGGCACGCGCUGGCCACCCACCCGUUCGGCCCCCCGCGGGGGUGCGCGGGGGUCCCCGAGUGUGCGCGCAGGGAGGGCCUGUCCCCCGUGCCCAAGGCGGCCUUCCUGCAGGCGGCCCAGGGCUUCCUCUCCGACCGCGGGUGGGGCCGGCACUUGGCGGGGCUGGCGGGGGCCACCCAGGGCUUCUUCGGGCCCGACGGGCUCUUCGCCCACCACCGGCUCCGCUUCCUGGACAUGCUGGACGAGGCCGAGGACGCCCUGGAGGAGCUGGCCCGGGGGCUCGGGGGGCGCCCGGAGGAGGCCGACGACUUCGAGGAGACCGUCCUCUGGCACCUGGGCAGAGUGACCCCGCGCAGCAGCGGCAACGGCCAUCACCCCGCGAAGGAUCGGGGCCGCGAGGGGGCCGGGCGCAGGAACGGCCACGAGGACGCCAGCCGGGCCUUUGGACAGCACUGACCCCGCGACGGUCAGGAACGAUGGACUAUGCAACGCCUUUGGGGCCACCUUUGGCAGCCCAAGCUGCCGUCUCUGUCUGGGUUUGCUCUUAAUAACAACAACAACAAAUAACAA